AUGGGCACUUGUGUUUCUGCCAAUUCUGCUAACAAAGUUGUUUCUAUCAAGAUUGACAACACAAACAUAAAAGAAACUGAGCACUCCCUUGCCGAUAAACGAUACAGCAGCCAAGUAAACAGAAAAAUCCUUUUGGAUUAUUACGCAGCUGCCCGAAGCCAAAUGCAUAGAAAAAUAAAACAACUAUUCGAAAUCAUUUUUUCAGGAGACCAUUUGGACACCAAAGAAAUCAAUUUAAAUUUCACAAAAAUUGACGUUGUAGGGAUUUACCACAUAAAAACAGUUCUGCAAUAUUUUGAGAACUUGAAAUCCCUGAGUCUUUGGAAAACAGGGAUUGUGUCAAGAGAUCUCAAAAGGCUUUCAAAAUCGUUUGAGACGCUGGUAAAGCUGGAAAAUUUGAACUUGCAGGGAAAUAAUAUUGAUUCUGAAGGGGGGAAAUAUUUAUCAGGGAUUCUCCGCAAAACCAGGCAGCUUAAAACUUUGUAUUUGAGUGAAAAUCAGUUAGGAUACGAAGGGACAAUUAGUUUUGCACCAUCCUUGAGAUCAAUUUCAAAUUUAGAGCAGCUAGCGCUGGAUGAAAACAAAAUCCAGGAUGAAGGGCUAGCUGCACUGAUACCGAAUUUACUGUAUAUGACAAAACUGAAGUAUUUAGGGUUAAGAUAUAACGACUUAACUAUAAAUUCUAAAAACAACUUGGAGCUUUUGGCAACCACACUCACAAAUCUGAAAACUCUGGGUUUAAGAGAUAACGAAAUUCCAGACAGCAUUCUACAGGUCAUUAAAUUCCGUGCACCAAAGAUAGAGUUUGUUUAA